CCUGGGUUAUAUCAUAGAGGGUUGAUGCCUGUUCCUUCAACAACACCCAGAAGAUACGAAAUGUCUCCCGUACUUGAGGAAUAUAUUGAUGCUGGUGCUACGCUUCCAGCACGUAGAGCUCCUCAAGCCAAAGUUGCUGCUCAACAGCCACCAGCAUCUGGCGAUGGUACUAAUAUAGCUGCUGUACGUCAGAACACACCAACUGAAGUUUGA